GCCAUCUUCCUCUUCUUGUCCUUGGAUGCUUCUCUUUCUCUCUUCGGCCUCGAGCUCAUCUCUUUCUCCUUGCUUUCUCUCUCUCUUCUCUGUGUGCUUGGAGAAUGGUCUCCACUUGAGAAGCAUGGAAAAGGCUACACACAUUUGUUGAAGAAGAUUCUACUUUCUGUCACAACGUUUUGAAAGCCCAAUUCCCUGCUGCUACUAAUAGCAGCGAGUGUCGUUUUACUUGUGUAGUUUUUUCUGGGCAAGGCAAAUCUCUGCUCUUCUUUCUCUCUCUAACAGUUUCCAUGUCAGAAGCAUUGUUUAUCUUGGUUUUUUGCUUUCCAUUUUUUUUAAUUAAUAUUUUUAUUUAUUUUAUGAAAGUUCAAAUUUUUAUGUAAUAGCAUUUUCAAACACAUCUGUGGAACUGCUUGGCAGGAAAAACACUUCUCUGAAAAGCUGCUCUAAAACCCGUUUAUUUUUUAAUUCCAGUUCUGUUUGCUUAUGGGGGAUAUGGAGAUUUUGGGAAGUCGGUAACUUUUUUUUACUGAUAUUUUUGUUUUCUUUGGGGACUUGAAGCUCCGGAAGUGUGGAUGCAUGCAGUGCAAAGAUAGCAGAUUCAUGAUUUGGAGGAUGAGACCUUUGAUUCACUGGUGAAAGAUGCCAACGUUAUCUGUGUAUGCUUGAAAAUUCACUGAGAAGAAAGUGACCAGAUUAAAAGGAAUGCAUGUAGUGGAAAUUGUGAAAAUUGGAUGUGGAAGUUCUACUGUCGUUUCUUGAUAUGAUGAGUUCUGAGUUCUCAAAGUAGUUAAAAAUUGGAUGUGGAAGUUUUGGUUUUGUAAUUUCAGAAACUAGGAAGGAGAUUGUGUUGUUUUUAGUAGGAUUUGUUAAUCUGGAAAAUGGGUUGUGUUGCAUCUAGGAUUGAUAAGGAAGAGAGGGUGAAGGUUUGCAAGGAGAGAAAGAAGCUAAUGAAACAGUUGGUAAGGUUUAGAGGUGAAUUUGCUGAGGCACAAUUGGCUUAUUUAAGAUCAUUGAGGAACACUGGAUCAACACUUCGACAAUUUACCGAGUCGGAGAUGUUGGAGCUUGAUAAUACUGCUCCAUACGGCUUGGAGUCGCCAGCUUCACCACCUCCCCUUUUGCCUCCUCCUCCGCCGCCACCACCUUUGAGCCCUGAUUCGAGAAAGUUGGAUGAUAGUCACAGAGAAGAAGUUGGUCAAGAGGAGUACAUAGAACGUACUGAGGAUGAUAGCAGCACUCCACCACCUCCUCCAAACCUGAGCUCUUCCUCACCAGAGCAUCAUAAACAUGAUGAAACGGUGGAAUUGCUUGAGGAAAAAUGGGAAGAGACUAAGAUGGAAUUUGAGGAAGACGAACAGGAAGAGGAAACGGUUGCUAAUGUUGUGAAUUCACCGCCUAAGAAUCUGCAGCUCGCAGAAGCCAUCAUGGAGGAUGUAUCAGUGAAGAAGCGGCAUACUAAGGACACUGCAGAUGUGCCCAUGGUAGUAUGGAGAAGCAAGAAGACCUUGGAGGGUAUAGCUAAGGAGUUAGAUGAUUAUUUUCUGAAAUCAUCAGAUGGUUUAAAGGAAAUUGCUGUUCUUAUGGACAUCAAAGGAGGGGACACUUUUCUGCCACUCAUUACUAGCGAAAGCAAAAGGGAGAGGUCCAAUUCCACAAAGGUCUUUAGUGCAUUCCCAUGGAGCUGGUCUUCUAGGUCACUUCAAUUUCCUAAAGAUGCGGCUGAGUCUAUUGGUCCAAAUGAACCAUGCAGGCCAGGAGCUCAUUGCAUCACACUGAAAAAAUUAUAUGAUCACGAAAAGAAACUUUACAAAGAAGUUAAGGAGGUAGAGUAUACCAAAUUUGAGCACGAUAGGAAAUCCAAAUUACUGCAAAAACAAGAGGAUGGAAACAAUGACUGGACCAAGACUGAGAAACUUCGGUUAAGCGUUGAGAGUUUGGAGUCUGAAAUCUUACGUCUUCAGGAUUCAAUCAGCACUACUUGUUCUUCAAUAGUGAAGCUCAUAGAUAAUGAGCUGUAUCCUCAGUUGGUCACGCUAACUUCUGGGCUUUUGCACUUGUGGAGAACGAUGUAUGAAUGUCACCGAGUUCAGCAUUAUGUUUCCCAGCAGUUGAAUAUUCUUACUGAUAUUCAAAAGCUAAACUUGAGUAGCAACUAUCAUCGCCAAGCUGCAGUUCAACUAGAAACUGAGGUCUCUUGUUGGUACGACAGCUUCUGCAAAGUCAUAAAAUCUCAAAAAGAGUAUGUUAGAACACUUUCCAGGUGGAUCCAACUUACUGACAGUCUUGUCGAUGAUGAUCGAAAGAGUCUGUACUCAUCUUCUGUUCACCGUAUAUGUGAACAAUGGAAUCUUGCCUUUGAAAGAUUACAAGAUAAGAAGGCAGCAGAGGCCAUUAAUGGCCUUCUAGCAGCCAUCCACUCGAUUGUCAUGCAGCAAGAAGAGGAGCACAAUCUGCAGAAAAAAUACGAGAAACUUGACAAAAGGCUGCAAAAGGAGUUGGAUUCAUUAGUUGAGAUGGAGGAAAGGAGCGCUGCCGAAGAUGAGUACUCCCGUUUAGGCCCUAAGCAUCCAUUGUCACUUAAGCGUGCUAAAACUGAAGCCUUAAAGAAGCAAGUGGACAGCGAGAAGGCUAAAUAUCUUAACUCGGUCCAGGUUAGUAAGGCCAUGACAUUGGAAAACCUGAAAACGAGCCUUCCUAAUGUAUUCCAAGCGUUAAUGACGUCCUCAAGUCUCUAUGUGGAAGCCAUUGAGUCUUUUGAUUCCACUUCUGAAAUUGCACUGCCCUCAACUUCAUAGAUUUAUACUGGGGGGUGGGGAAGGGAUUGUGUUAUCAACGUAGUUGAAGACGUUAAUCAUAACAAUCCUGAGGAUUUUGUUAGAUUGGCUGAUCUUAAUUGCUUUUGUAAGAUGCAGUUAGUGCUGUAUUGCUCUAGUAACCAUUUCUGUCCCAAGCAACUAGAGAAGGGGAUGGGGGAACGUUUAUAAAUCACACCGGAAUGAAGUUACAACUUUGAAUAC